AUGAGGCGGAAAGUGGCGUUCCUCAUGGAGGAAAUCCGUGAUAAAGUGCACACCGCCUGCGGGCCAACCGUCUCCUGCGCUGACAUCAUGGCCCUUGCCACUCACGACGUCGUUGUAGCGUCAGGUGGCAAACCCUACCAUGUGCCACUCGGUAGGCUAGACAGCUUCGAGCCCGCACCGCUGAGGUUCGUCGAGGAACUCCCACCCCGCACCUUCAGUGUUGACCAGCUUAUCACUGCCUUCCGCAGCCGCAGCCUCGACGAGAAAGAUCUUGUGGUUCUCUCUGGCGCGCACACCAUCGGGAAAGCUCGUUGCGCCACCUUCAGCGACCGUUUCCCUAACUCCGACUCUGAUGACUUUGUCCGAAAGCUACAAGACAACUGCACCGCCGACGUGAACCGGCGUCAGGACCUCGACGUGACCACCCCGGAAGAGUUCCACAACAAGUACUACAUCAACCUCAAACAGGGGAAGGGGGUUCUUACCUCCGACGUGCAGCUCCUCCUCAAUGAGACCACCCGAGAGUACGUGAACGACUUCGCCGACAAUGAGUGGUGGUUCUGGAACCAGUUCGGCAGCUCCAUGAGCAAGAUGGGGAUGCUCCAGGGACCUCAAGGGAACGUCGGCCGCAUCCGCCAGCAGCGCUACUAG